AUGGCAUCGGGAUCGCAACCUGCGUUGCCCUUGACACCUCCAGCACGUUCAGCGAGAACAUCAGCCGAGUUUAAUGAAUUCCCGGGUCUUCAUCCGCCUGAGAAACCAAAUACAUCUCUUCUCCGACCGAGAGAAUCUCGUCCCAGUGACAAAAGCAGUCCAAGCUCACCAAUUAUUGUUUCGCCAUCUGGAGAUGUGAUUCUCAAGUACACCAAGCCAUCAUCAGGAGAUAGCUACUACUGGAAAGUGGACAGCCGAAUGCUCAAGGAAAACAGUCCAUAUUUCCGAGUGCUUCUUGAUCCCACUAAAAGGUUUGUCGAGGGACAAUUUUUUGCACAGCAAUUAUCAGAAUCCUCGGGAUCAGGCUUUCUACCUAUCGUGGUUGUUCCUGCAACUCCAUUCACUGAGCUAUAUGGGGUUGAUGCUCUGGAGCUAUUCUUGCAGAUCUUAUGUUUGGAAUCUCUUGCAUCUGACGAGAAUGAUGACGAGGAUGAAGGCCUGGAAACCGUGUUUUCGUUCAACUUGAAAGCUCAGCCUUUAUCCCUGAUCGCUAGGUUGGUUGAUAUUGCCGACUAUUACAACUCUCCAUAUCCUGUACUGGAUGCCUUACAUCUUCUGGAUUACUCACUCGGCAAGGGCAAAUCACGGCUUCAGAAAUUUAGCGAGAGUACCUUGAAGAUGAGUGAAGAUCGGAUCCGGCAGACGAUAGUUGUUGCGAACUUUCUCAAUCAAGAGUAUAUCGCCAAGGUUAUGACACACGCAUUGGUGAUAGCCGGCUCCAGACGGUGGGUUCACUCCCCGCAGGUACCAGAGGGUCCGUAUCUGCGUUGGCAGCACUUGUCCAAUGGACUAGAAGAGGAACUCUACUACCGACGACAAUGCGUCUUGAAUACAAUCACCGACCUACAAGCAUAUUUCCUUCGCAAAUACGGCGCACUGGAAAGCGACGAGCCCAUGCCUACCACUUCCAAAGCCGUCCCACAUCACACCACCCAUCAGCAUCGUGUCUUCCAGUGCCGGGCUGGACUCGGUAACGCAAGUCAAUGCGAUCUAUUCCACCUCGGUCAGAUGACACGUUUCUUCGCCCUGCGAGCCAAGUCAAUUUUCAUAGGAUCUACACUGAUUGAUCCUGAAUUCAGUCCACCUGGCGCCGAACAUGGGGAUGACAACGAGGAACAGCCUUCACCUGGCCUUCAUAUUUCAUCGCUCAUCGUUUCGCUGAAGAAACAUCCUGACUAUCAGAUUGAUCUCAAUCAUCAAGCUUGCGGUGUGAAACGUCGCUUGCUUCCAAUUUUGGAUGGCAUUGAGAAGUUUGUGAUGGAUGCACGCGGUAUGCUUGGUGUUGUCCCGUCUAUCUGGGAUCAGCCGGAGAAUCGUCAACGGCUGCAGUGGAAAUCAGACACCUUGUUUGCCGAGGAAGUGUGUAUCAUACUCAACCAGAUAACUUACCUCCAAUUCGGUCCAAAAGGCGCCGCCGCCACUGCCAAAGGAGGAUCUUACAGCUCUAGGUCACUCAGUCAGGAGGACUAUGCAAGGGCAUUGUUUACUGCCAAGAAGCGAAAGUGGGAGCCAGACACGUUCUGA